AUGUCGCCAUUGGAUGUGUAUCGUGAUGCAGGACACGUUGUCGACUUGGUGUCGCGACGCCGAUGUGGACUGAAAGCGGCUUUGUACGGAAAACAGCAGAGAAAUCUGGCUGUUCUUCGUGCUCUAGUGCCUCGCGUGUUGGCUCUGGCGCCGCAUUUACGGCCUGCUAUUUCCGGAGGGACAGUCUCAUCUCCUGCAGAUGGUGUCGGAGCUAGGAAAGACGAUACUAAAGCAUCAAGGAAAAGAACAAGAGAGGGCGAUGAUGUUGCAAGAAAAACAUCAGUAGGAUCACCAUAUGGGAGUAGCUUGUCGUCAGCUCCUGUUUCUGGCUUUCAGCUUUGUUUGUGCGUGGAAAUGUUGCGCUGUGGGGAGGAAGGCACCAAGUUCAAGCCUGGUGGGCGAGAUGUGACACCCCUGAAGCGGAGGAUUGCCGAGAUUCGAGCGCGCCUCGCUGAGGUGCUUGGAGAGGCCCGGUUGCGAGAAAUGCUUCUCGACAGCUCAGAGAACCAGCUGUCAAGCAAGGAUGGAGGUCCAGGGCAUUCGUCGGACGCAGAUGGUGUUGCAGGCGGCGUACCAGAAUAUUGUUUUCUGCGUGUGAAUCCAAGGAAAAUUCGGGAUGCUGUCUGCGAGCUUUUGUCUACUUCCAAGGAAGCUUCAUCGGAAACUUUGUUGGUGGACGUGGAGCUUGAGAGCGACGCAGCCACGACUUUAAAAAAUGUGGCCAGAGUAACGGCAAUAGCGGAGCGCAAAUUCUUAGCAGAGAAGUUGCGAACCUCUGUGAAAACCACGGAUCGAGAAAAAAACGACAACGCAAAGUCUACAGCAAAACCAGAUAGAAAAAGCACCAGCAGCACAUCAUCCCGAAAUCUUAUUGCUGGAUCAGAUAAAGCAGGACAGAAGAAGGAGAAUGGAGACGCGGCGUUACCAUUCGAGCAGGACCCGCUGGUCCCAUUUUGCUGGCGGAUCCCGAAACGUGAAUGGUAUGCCAGGCUGGUUCACCCGCUGGCCGAAGCUGGCGAUGUCAUUGUGCAGGACCGAAGUAGUCAAUUCUCGGGUCUAGCGGCGGCGGAAAAAAUUAUCCGACAUCUACAGAUGACCGAAACCAGUAGAAUUGAGGGCGCAACAGGAGACGAGAAGACAACAACUAAAGGAGGUUGCAAGCUUGUGGAUGCCUGUGCGUCACCCGGAUCGAAAACCAGCCAUCUAGUUCACAUGCUUCAACUUCUCGAUCUGUUCGAUUUUUCUAGAAGAGCGCAGGCACGUCCUGCUUCUGACAACGCAGAAGGGCGUUUAGGACUCUCGUGCACUAGCAACAGGACGCCUAAGAAGAAGAUCCAUACGGUAGUGGCAGUGGAGAAGAAUCCCGCACGGUUUUUGACACUAUUGCAACGCAUGAUGACUGUGUGCGGACCACUUUUCCUUGAGAGAAGCACCGUUGCUGGCGAGGACGGGGAUGAGCCAGCCGUUAGCGACAGUCCGUUCGAAUUGCCGAAAAACGUUGACUUUGGGAAAGCCGCUAUGAACAAAGGGAAAUCGCGUGGAAAAGGAGGGAAAGCAGCAGUAGGUAAAGGUAAAGGCAAAAAGAGCGGUGGUGCUGGGAAACAAGACAUGCUAAGAGAUGACGAACAGGUUCGACCGCGAUACAGUUUUCGUGUCGGAACAAGCGAGGCUUCGGUUCGAUUAGUAUUACGGCAGUGCGAUUUCUUUGAUUUAGACAUCAAUCAGGACCCGGACUUCGCAUACACGAAUAUUUUGGUGCUUGAUCCCUCUUGUAGUGGGUCUGGCUUGGCUGAGCACGUUGCUGACAAUGUUGCAGUGUUUGAGAAACAGCCUGAAUCGGUAUUAUUGCGUAGUACCGAGACGAAGUCGUCUCAAGAAGUGCGAACUGGUUGUGGUGAAAAGGAUGCUCUUGACUCGAGUUCAUCGCGUGUCGAGAGUUUAGCGCAGUUUCAGACGCGAUUACUAGAACACGGAUUGGCUGCGUUUUCUACAGCGCUGGAAACGGUGCUGUAUUCGACGUGUAGCAUUUUCGACCGCGAAAACGAACACGUCGUGCGGGACGCAUUAGCCUCUGCCUCGUCUAAAAAGAGCUGGAAGGCGGUCCCUGCCUUGCCAUUUGCGUGGCCUGAGAUCCGAAAAACGGAAGCAGAAAGUAGACAAAAGAAACUUGUUGACAGCGACAAGAGCAUCAUCAAGACAGCUGAGGAGCGUCAGAAUCUGGAAGACCUGCUGCUUCUAUGCGCCCAUUCGUUGCCAAAGGAACAUAAGUGUCGCGGAUUCUUCCUGGCUCGCAUUGACAGAAUGAAAGAAACGUCUAAUGACCAAGAAGGGUCUAGUCGUGCUGCUGCAGUACCUCCUACUAGUACACGAGAAUUACCUGAACCUGAAAAUAACAGCAUCACUGUUGAGGAUGCGCCGCCGUCAAAGAAACGGCGAAAGCAGCUCAUGCGUGAUUUACGCGAAGCAUUGCGCAAAAGUGACAAAUCAUGAUCAUGAACUCGCCCAUUUUCAAUUGAAACAGCGACAACUUGUUCACUUAUGACUCAGUAUUUUCUUCAGCCCUGUAACUGUUACUCCCUUCAAAUCCAAAAUGUAAAUGCAAAUUGAAUGGUCG